AUGGAUUACUACCAGCAGGCACGGCCACAGGCGUCUGCCGCACAAGCUACACAUCAGUACGUGCAGUACUCCGCGCAGGCAGGAGCAACUUCCUCACAAAUGUAUUAUCAACAACAACCUAUCGGACACCAACCACAGCAACCUCCAAGUUAUCAGUUUCCUAUACAAGCCGCGUCAGCCACUACGAACAUGGAUUACGGCCAUAGCAUGGGUGCCACACAACAAUCGAGUAUGUCUGGAUCACACAACCAUAGCCAGCAUCAGCAAGGAGCAGUAAUGGGACAAGCUGUGCAACCGCGUCGUGGAGUUUCGCAGCGCGGUGGACCACCACCCGCUGAUACAACGGCAACAAUGCAGAAUGCACCACAUAUGCGUCUGUCUCCUCAGCAGGAACUACCUCUUCGCAUUGUUAUCGACUCAAAACACGUGGGAGCGAUCAUCGGAACUGGUGGUAACAACGUAAGAGAAAUAACAAAGGAAUCUAAGGCUCGUGUUGUUGUGGAUGUCCAGCGCACCGUCAAAGACCAGCAAGGACACAGCGAGAAGAUAAUUUCAAUUCUUGGACAUCUGGAAAACUGCUCAAAAGCUUGCGUAAAAAUUCUGGAAGUUGUUCAGCGUGAAAACGAAAAGGAUGAAACGAGAGACAACAGUGAAGUAGAGCUGAAAAUUAGAGCUCAUAACCAACUUGUGGGAAGGCUCAUCGGCAAGCAAGGUGCCACUAUUAAGAAGAUCAUGCAGGACACAGGAACCACAAUUUUUGUCUCGAAUGAGCAGGCAUCUAGAGCUGCUGAACUGUCCUCAAUGGGAGGGUUGAUGCCUCCAUUUCCUGAUGCUGUUCUUACGAUGGAGCGCACAAUCACAGUUAAAGGCCCCAGUAUUGAAGUUGUAUCAGCGGCUGAGCAGAAGAUUUCUGCGAGGUUGCGACAAAGUUAUGAAACAGAUCUUCAGCAUAGAAUGUCUUUUCCUGGAAUCCCGACUAUGCCAGGAAUGAUCCACCCGAUUGGAGAUGCAUACGCAGCAUUGGCUGCGUCUACAAUGCGACCUAUGGGUGGUCCUAUGUGCGGUAUUGGAGGGCGGGCUGAUGUCUCUAAGACGACACGAAUGUGGGUGCCUAAUUCAAUGGUCGGAGCUAUCAUUGGGAGCAAGGGUAGUAACAUCCGUAAUAUUAUAAGAAAUUCGGGUGCGAACGUAAGAAUAGAAGGAGGAGGCGAACGCAAAGAUACAGAGCGAAAGGAAGAACCAGAAAAGAAGGAGGAUUCUGGUGAUGCUCAACCACACGCGGAUAUCGAGGAAAAGCCGCACGCAGAUGUUGUUCCUGUAGAAGAGCGGCGGAAUGAUGACGGCGAACGUCUUGUUACCAUCACUGGUAAUGAUGCACAGCAGUACCGAGCACAAUUUUUGAUAUUCAACCGUGUUGCCGAGCAGUCUCAACAUCUCAUCGAUGAGGUGAAGUUACGCACCGAAUUGACCGUUCCUUCUCGACUCGUAGGAAGGAUCAUUGGAAAGGGCGGACAAAAUGUGCGUGAGCUGCAACGCAUUACAGGAGCAUCCGUGAAAAUUCCUGAAGAUGAACCUAAAGUGACUGACCCGACUGCUCAUGAGGAACCAAAGGAAGGUUCCUCGUCUCCCACUCCUAGCGACAGCGGUACUGUCGUCCGAAUUGUAGGGAACUUUUUGGCUACUCAGAGCGUACAGGUCCGUAUAGGACAACUUAUUGCCGAUUUUCAACGCGCUACCAAUUUGCAUGGUGAUAGGCGCAAAGAAGAGCUUCAAGAAUCAUCUCGCAAGCAAUCGCCGCCGUCGCACGUGAACGGUGCUGAAUGA